AUUCUUGUCUUUUGGAAAUUUCGUGUAUUAUAUGACCCUGAUGACGAUUUGUUCCUCUUUCUGUUUCGCCCCCUCCGGCUUCAACCCACCCGCAUCCAGUCCGGAUUCCGGUUUGGAUCAAAUUCAACGACAUAAAUUGGAGGCACUUCGCACCGCCUCUGCCGACCUGCUUGCCACGCUCACCUCACAAGCGAGUGGACGUCAAGCCCUGUUGAACACAUUCGGUUCGGGCGCGUUGCUCAAUGCGAUUGCUGUCAGUCUGUCCGAUGCACUUCAACUGCCUUGUACCAUCCCAUCAUCACCUUCAACUUCGGCAUCCAUGAGCGAGGCGGAAAUGCGGCGUCGAUUGUCUUCG